UCACGCGUGUGCGGAUCGGUAAUUGUGGUCGUCUGUCGAGUUCGAAUAUCGUGUGCUCCGAUUACUUUAUAUCAGUUUUCAGAACGAUUGUCAACGAUUGGUGUGACGAGAACUUGACAUUUACUUUGUCGUGUGAAACUGCAACUGCACUUUGCAUCCCAACGGAAGCGACACUGGUCCAGGACGAUGCCGGAAACGUAAGGGACGCGCCGAAGCGUCAACGACGGGAUGAUGCAGAAAUGGUGACGACUUUCAACGUUCAGCAACUGGGCGUUCGUCCUGCGGGAGAUAGAGACCAGAAGUAAGGAUGGCCUUUCACUGGGAUAAGCUCUCACCGGCGGAAUUUCAACAGCUCCAGGACUUGGCAGCUUAUUCCACGCGAAAGCUACAGGAUGUUCUCACUGAAUUCUGCGGAUCAAACACAACGCCCAGUGGUGCGCCGAAAUACCAUCCGGACGGGGAUAUCGAUUAUGAAGGAUUUCGAAAAUUUCUGGACACCUAUCUCGAGGUUGCAGCUCCUGACGAACUCUCGCGACACCUUUUUCUCUCGUUCAUCAAAAGGGUGCCACGUGGAGUCGAUGGAAAGGCUUUUAAGGAGAUGGCUGUGUUAUCGUCGACCACCGCCUGUGCCGCGAUUACAUCUCAUACAACAUCCAGCAGCAACGUGAACAGCACUGGUCUACCCGGAGGAACAUCAUCAGAAAGCCACGGUGGUUCUUCCUUAGCUGAUAAGAUUCAUGGUCUCACAGAGAAGCUCCAAGCUUUGGGACACCAUAGAACGGAAAGCGAAGCAUCCAGCAAACCUCGUACAGGAAGCGUUCAUCCCAUACUGACGAUACAGCACACAUCGUACAGCUGCCACGACGUGCUGGAGAAGAAGAGCACGGACAGCAGCCCCAGCCACAGCCAAAUGUCACGGAAUUCGUCCAGGAAGUCGAACAAUUCGCUGCUCGUCAACAACGGGAAAUUGGAAGAAAUGAGACAUUUGGUUAGAAAGCAGAGCACGAUAGACGUUCAUUCGGUUAAAGUCAGCCUCAAAGAUAUCGUGUGCUAUCUUUCCCUGCUGGAGGCUGGUAGGCCGGAAGACAAACUUGAAUUCAUGUUCCGGUUGUACGAUACGGAUGGGAACGGUGUUCUUGAUACCAACGAGAUGGACUGCAUCGUCAAUCAGAUGAUGAAUGUCGCUGAAUAUCUCGGAUGGGACGUCUCGGAAUUGAAACCGAUACUGCAAGACAUGAUGAUAGAAAUAGACUACGACGCGGAUGGCACGGUAUCUUUGGAGGAGUGGAAAAGGGGUGGUCUGACGACGAUACCGUUGCUGGUACUUUUGGGUCUGGAUUCUCACGUAAAGGAGGACGGGAACCAUCUCUGGAGGCUGAAACACUUUAGCAAACCCGCCUACUGCAAUCUCUGUUUGAAUAUGUUAGUCGGUCUCGGCAAGAAAGGUCUUUGUUGUGUUUUUUGUAAGUAUACGGUCCACGAAAGGUGCGUUCAAAGGGCGCCAGCCUCUUGUAUAGCCACCUACGUGAAGAGCAAGAAAACGUCACAGACGAUGGUGCAUCAUUGGGUCGAAGGCAAUUGCCAUGGCAAAUGUUCUAAAUGUAGAAAGACUAUCAAGAGUUACAACGGUAUCACUGGUUUGCAUUGCAGAUGGUGUCAAUUGACUUUGCACAACAGAUGCGUGUCACAAGUGAGAGCAGAGUGCACGCUCGGUGAACACGCGGUCCAUAUCCUUCCACCAACAGCAAUUUGUCCAGUCGUCCUGGACAGGCAAAGAUCAUUAUCCAGGGAUAGUAAAAGAGGGAGCAAACAUGGGCAAGAAUCGUCCACCGUCAGCUCUAGCGGAUUUUUAACAUCUGUUAGCGCUACCAGCCAACAACCGGCGAUGUCCUUUCAAAUCACACCACCACCUGAGACGGUACCACUCCUAGUGUUCAUCAAUCCAAAAUCCGGAGGAAGGCAAGGGGAACGCAUGUUAAGGAAGUUUCAAUACAUCUUGAACCCACGUCAGGUUCAUAAUUUAGCCGUGGGUGGACCCAUGCAGGGUCUGCAGAUGUUCAAGGACGUGGAGAACUUCAAGGUGAUCUGUUGCGGUGGCGAUGGUACCGUCGGCUGGGUUCUGGAAACAAUGGAUCGCGUUCAGUUCGAACAUCAACCUGCUGUCGGUGUCAUACCACUGGGUACUGGCAACGAUCUAGCGAGGUGUUUGCGAUGGGGCGGUGGUUACGAGGGUGAAGCUAUCCACAAAGUUCUAAAAAAAAUAGAGAAAGCAACAACGGUGAUGAUGGAUCGCUGGCAGAUAGAAGUGCUGGAUCAGAAGGACGAGAAGAAACCGAACCAAGACAGUAUACCGUACAAUAUUAUAAAUAAUUACUUCUCUGUGGGUGUGGACGCAGCGAUUUGCGUGAAAUUCCAUAUGGAAAGGGAGAAGAAUCCUGAGAAAUUUAAUAGCAGGAUGAAGAACAAACUUUGGUACUUCGAGUACGCGACCACGGAACAAUUUGCUGCCAGCUGUAAAAAUCUUCACGAAGAUCUCGAAAUCAUUUGCGACGGUACUCCAUUAGACUUAGCUCACGGCCCGUCUCUUCAAGGAGUCGCGUUACUGAACAUUCCUUUCACUCACGGAGGCUCGAAUCUCUGGGGUGAACAUCACACGAGGCAUCGCCUUGGCAAACGAAAGAAACGACCGGACAAAGAGCUCAGCACCAGUAGUUUUAACUCUGUCGAUCUCACGGCUGCGAUACAAGAUAUCGGGGACAAUCUCAUAGAGGUAAUUGGUUUAGAGAACUGUUUGCACAUGGGUCAAGUGAAAACAGGACUUCGUCAUUCUGGUAGAAGACUGGCUCAAUGCAGCAGCGUCACAAUCACCACCGGCAAACGUUUUCCAAUGCAAAUCGAUGGUGAACCAUGGAUGCAAGGACCGUGCACUUUCUCUGUUUCAGAUUCAUAUAACGCAUAAAAAUCAAGUACCAAUGUUGAUGGCACCUCCGCCAGAAAAGGGUCGUGGCUUCUUCCGUUUCUUAAAGAGGUGAACUCGAAUACACUUUAAAAUCGGAACCGAGGGAAAUAAGUAACCUUGGUUUCUCCUAUCCAAACAUAGUCCCGUAUGUUUUACCUUCUCUUGAUUAAAGACGGAAACGGAAGCGUAUCAUCAGUUCGGUCGUACUUGAGCUUGGGUAGCUUGGGUGCUCGUUCGAUCGCGAUGGGCGAGCUUCAACGUAACUUAGGUAUUCUUGUGUACAGUAUUUUUUGAGAAUAAUAAUAAUAAUAAUAAUAAUAAUAAUAAUAAUAAUAAAAAAAAGCAUCGUUCGUCUUAGAGUUAGGAUCAGCGGUAGGCUCGUCGGUCUUCGUGCUUUCGCGUAGCUCGAUGCGGGGAUUAAAAUUAAUGGAUCGUUUUGUAUAAUGCUGAAAUAGCGCCCGUGACGAAGUUUCUUUGUCGUUUCUCGAAAUCCGUGGCUUGAGUCUACCGCUUUAAAUACGCAAGUACAAGCCUGUAUCGAAGUCGAGCGUAUAAUUACACCGACACGACGGAUUGUACGGUAUCAUGCAAAAGAGAAUAAUUUCUUAGGUAAUUUUAUCUUCUAUUUAAAUGUAAUAAUAACUUCUCUAUUUAUUUUUCUUUUCUUCGCACAACACUUGUAGCGAUAUCGCAAGAGUUUCGUUUCCUCGAUAAGAACGGCAGGAUAACUCGAGGAUAAACGGAUCAUUAUGAUGAAAACUUUAAUUUUUAUAUUGAUUAAGGAUUAAACGCGUAUCUCUGUUGUAUGUUACUUUAUUAUUAUGUCUUUGAUAUAUCCGUUGAUCUGUGUAUCCUUGACUAGUCUUGCAAAUCAUUUACUUUUGUAAAAAGAAACGAACGGCGCACGAAACAAUUCAGAUCGAUCCUCUUUUUUGCACGACUCCGUCCAACAUCAAAGAUCUUCUACUUUCCUCUCUUAACGUUAGGAUUUUUGUACGAAAGCUUAGUCGUAACCGCUUAGAUGUAAAUCACGUACGAUUGGUUUAUUUAUUUAUUUAUUUAUUUAUUUAUUUAUUUAUUUAUUUAUUUAUUUAUUCGGUGGCUCUACUAAGCCAGAGCAAUAUACGUUGUGAGCAUAUCAGUAGUGAUACAGCGUUGCUAUAAAAAUAGUACGCUGCAAGGUUUAGUUGUUGAUUUGUCUUUCGUAUGAAUCGCAAAAUCAGAAGUGACGAAAAUUAUGCGUACGCUUUACAUUCGAUUCCAGAUUUAUUAAAUUUCUGUUCUUUUAUUUAUUGUUCCCUUUUACACGUUGGCCAUUCGUAACAUCACUACAAUUAACAAAUUCACGCUUUUGCGAUCGUGAAUUAUUAAUAGAAGGCAGAUCUCGUAUGUCAUGUAUUGUAUUGAUAGAGAAGUAGAAAUGAACUCGUAGUAGAUAUUGUAAAGUUUAAUGGAAAUCAAUUCAGCCAACGUGUCAAGCACGAUCAGUAUUGCGGUACCGAAUUUACAGAAUUUUUCGUAGAAUUCUUCUCUCACUGCAUUCAGCACGCAUUUCACAGUUAGCUGCUAUAAACGCUUACUACAAUUUUCCAUAUUUUUCUUUCAUCCGUUCUUUGUUACAGAAAACGAAAACAAUAGAAUGAGCAUUUUUCAAAUUUUCCGUCCGACGUUAGAAUUAAACGAUCAUAGAAUGCAAUUACGUAUUAUGUAUAAGUUGAUUCGUUUUCCUUUCAAAUAGCGUUUAUUUCACACUUAUCCGAAAUGUCAAUUCGAUGGAGCUCGUAACGAAUGGUAAAUGUAUCUUGAUAAAUCUUUGUAGCAAUAUCGAGCAGCACGCUUCUGAAAAGAUGAUUCUUUUAUCAUCCCGUCGCAGAUGUGUCUGUUUCACCCCCAUGCUUUUGUAUGAACAAUGUGUAACAAAGAAGUACGAUUCUGAGCAACAUCCCGCAGGGACCAUCACACAGUUGAAAAUCCAUGUAACAAUAUAAAAUGAUCAUAAAUCUUA